AUGGCUCGGAGCCGAACAUACUACUACGCCUACGGGACUCUUCACGACACCAGCAGCUACGACUACGAGCACGAGGACGACGACACGCGACAGGGGAGCAUGCCUGAGUCGUUGCCACUUUCACCACCCAAUAGCCUCUGCCACUUUUCGUCAUCACCCGGCAACAGCAUCCGUCUGAACUGGGAGGGCCGCCGGACCAAGCGCUCGCGCCCCGAGGCGCCCGACUUUGACGGCUCCGCCCAGGCUCUCGGGCAGGAGCUGUGGUUCAACACCUUUGCGACGGCGACGCCCACGUCGGCCGGAUCGCCGCAGUUUCUGGCGAGCGAGCCCGUCUCGCGACAGACGGACUCUCCGGAACCCAUGCCCGCGCCUGCGGCCAAGAAACGACGCUCGACUUGCGGAGAGCUGACCUUUGUGGAUGAGACGCCUUCCCAAGCGGCAUUUGCGGCGCGGAAACGAUUUGGCGACUUGAACGGCUUGUUCUCGGUGGACUCGCCCGCGCUCGGAACGUAUGAGGCGUCUCCGACACAAGAUGCGCGGCACAGCAAGGCCAAGUCAUUCACGGAGCUUCGCAAGCUCGACCUCGGCGAGGCGCGCCUGUCGUCGAGCCCAUUCAUGACCAACGUGACGGCGUCUCCCGUGGUGCCUGACCUGCCUCUGACACCCGCAGCGUCUUCGUACAGCGACGACAUUCUCUGCCAGUCUCACUGGUUAGACAAGGUGCCCCUCGGGUCGCCAGACUCGAGGCUCUCGGUGAGUAGCGACAUGGUCGACUCGGGCGACCUGUCGGGUUGGUACACCGGCCCUCAGCCGCUCCCUGAGGCUGAAGACGGGCGGCGAUUCCACGGCUAUGACCUGGGCAGGCGGGACGAGGACGUAGCGAGUAAUGAUGACGACGGUGCCAUCUCCCUCGUCACCCCGAUGGGAUGUGAGCCAUACCAUUGGGCCGUAAACUCGAGUAACUUGGCUGGAAAGCAGCCUCCCGCCAGCGGUGGCCGAACCGACAGCGGCUACUAUGACGAGGCGGUGCCCAUUUUGAUCCCCUGGGAGCUGGAACCGCUGCCAGACAAGCUGAGAAACAACAAGAUGAACCUGCUGUAUUUUCAUCACUUUAUCAACCACACGGCCAGGGUGCUCGUGCCAUAUCACGACGCCGACUCAAAUCCAAUGAGCAGGUCGCUUCCGCAGAUGGCGUUUCAGAAUGAGGGACUCAUGAGCCUUCUCCUCGCCUACUCUGCGGCGCACCGGUCACGCUGGAUGCAGACAAAGGUGCCCGAGAUGCGAAUGGCCGAGUGGGCGCAGGACGUGUUCCCGGGCCUUAGACAGUCGCUAGGUGACGGGCAGCAGCCUGUCUCGGACACCACGCUAGCCAUGGCGGUCAUGCUGGCGUCGCUUGAGAUCAUGUCUCCCGGGGCGCUGGGCCAGGGUAUUUCGUGGCGCCAGCACUUGAACCUGGCAAGCGGGCUCAUGACGAAGCGGGUGCAACAGCUUGGCGAGGCGGGAUUUGAAGGACGGCUCGAGGAUGAGCGGCUCUUCAUCCGGAGCUGGAUCGCGCGCGCCAACAUGCACGGCAUGCUGAGCCCACCGCCGACGGACGACGCGGCCUGCCGCAUCCUGCCGCUGGACAUGGCGGCGCUGAUGCCGGAGCUGGACGAGAUUGACUGCAUCAUGGGCUACUCGGCGAGGUGCGCCAGGCUGCUGGGCCAGGUGGCAGACAUGGCGAGGCGAUGCGACAGGGAGCGGAUAGGGCCGGGCGGGCAGCUGCUCCCGGGGUGGGUGCCGCACACGCGGACCAUCGAGGCGGCGCUGGCGCUGGACCAGGAGCUGAGGGAGAGCAUGAAGACGUCGUCGAAGCCGUGCAUGCAUGUGCGGACGGGCAACAUCCAGAUGAGGGACCUGGCGGAGAUGGCAGCGACCAACGAGGCGUUCCACUGGGCAGGGCGGGCGCACCUUCACCGGCGUGUGCUGGGAAGGGCUUCGACGGACGCAGACGUGCAGGCGGCGGUCGAGCAGAUGGUGCACUGCCUGGAGCAGACGAGAGCGGGAGGCGCGGCGGAGCUGGGCAUGGUGUUCCCCAUGUUUACGGCAGGGUGCGAGGCGGUCGACGAGGGGCAGCGGAGCAAGGUGCUGGCGAGGUUCAAGAGCGCGGAGCGGAGCGGCAUGGAGCAGGUGAGGCGGGCGAGGAGGCUGAUGGAGGCGGUGUGGGAGGAAGGGCGGCCGUGGGAGACGCUCAUCCGGGACGAGUACAUUGGCUAG